UCAUAACUCAAUUAAACCAAUGCUUUUCUAAUCACAAAGCUUUAGGUUUUAUCAUUGCCCGGUUGUUUUUAAUCUUGUAAAGUCUUCUCUUUUAUCAGUUAAACUUUCCUUUUGGAUAAUAAUAUAUGAUAUUGCAUGACAGGUAGAAGUGUGGUGGAAUGUUUCGACGGAUCUUUCAUAGUAAAAAACAAAAUAACAGAAAGCCUAAUCAUGGAAUAAUUUGAUGGCUGGUGGCGGUACAUCCAACACACCUUCUUCCUCUGCCGUUCGAUCUUUUAUUCCUUAAUUCUUUUUUAAUCUUGCUGCUCAACUCAGCUCACUCUGUCAACUUCAACACCAGUCUCCGCUUAUUCUCCUUUGUAAGAAUUUCUCGGUUAAAUAUGGAUAGAAGAGAGUUUGAUGAUAAAACAAGAAAUGGGCCGGUGAAAGCUGCAAUUGAUAAGUAUGGAGGAAGGUUUGUUGACGGGACUUCUUCAUUAGAGAAACCCCAGAUGGAGUCUCAAGAGAAUUCUUCUUCAAGAACAAGAGAGCUCCGUAAGGCCAGAAGAGGUAUCGGUAGGUACAGAGAGAGCAGAACUGUAGCUGAGUCAGGGAAAGCUCAAGCUGAGCCUGAGCUAUCUGUUGCAAAAAACACAAUCAAAGAUGUUGAUGAAACGCUAGAGAAGUCCAGUAGGAGUAUGGAGAGUUAUCAGUAUGCGGAAGUGAUGAGAGAAUUGGAGGCUGUGAAACAAGAAUUGAGUAAACUUAAGCUGGAUAUGGUUUCUGUAUUGGAGGAGAAAUCACGGGCGGAGAAGGAGGCUGAGCUUACUACCAUGAAAAUGUGGUCAAAUUCCACUGUAGAGACACUCAGGAAGGAGAUUGAGGAAGUUAAUGAAGAGCAAGUGUCGCUUGAGUUGGCUCGAAUUGAGGCCUUGAAAGAAUUUGAGGAGGUUGAAGCUCAGAGAGAGAAGGAAGCCAGUGAAUUUUCAUUUGCAAUGGAGGAAACAAAGAAGAAAAAGAAAGAACUGGUUGAAGAGAUUGAACAGUCUAAAGAGCUUGAAAAUAAACUGGCUGUCACACUGCGUGAUGUUAAUGUGUUACAAAAUGAGCUAAAAUAUGUCAAAGGAUUGGACAAAAGGGUCCAAAGAAAUGACAGUUUUAAGAAUACAGAAAGCCAUUUUCAAGAAUUGGAAGGUUCGCCUUUGUUGAGGUCAAUCACAGAAGAAUUGGAGGAGGCAAAGAAGGAAUUAGCUUCAAUAAGAGAUGAGGGUUUUCAGUUUAUGGCUUCAAUGGAUGUAAUAAGGAAUGAGUUGAAGCAUGUGACUGAAGAAACGGAGCAGUUAGAGAAAGCAGAACAUAAGUCGGACUUAAUUGUUCAAAGUCUCAACUCAAAGCUACUUAGAGCAAAAUCUAAGUUGGAGGCUGUUUCUGCAGCUGAAGAAAAGGCUAAAGCAAUUGCAAGCAAUCUGUCACUAACUGCUGAACAGUUAAAGGCAGAAGCUGAAGCUGCAAAGAAGGAGAAGGAGCUAAUAAUGCAGGAAACUGCAUCCAUCAAAGAAGAAAUUCAGAAAACUGAGUCUGAAAUUGACUCAACUGAGGAGAAGUUGACGGCUGCAAUGCAGGAGCUGAAUGAAGUGAAAUCAUCAGAAGCAUUAGCUCUUGAGAAUCUUAAAUCUCUCAUUGAAAACACAAUGCAAUCAAGAGCUUCUGCAUCGCAGAAUAGUUCAUCAAUUACCAUUUCAAAGUUUGAAUACGAGUACUUGACUGGACAUGCUGCCGGGGCUGAAGACCUUGCAGAUAAGAAAGUGGCUGCAGCUCAGGCAUGGAUUGAAGCUUUAAAGGCGAGCGAAAAGGAAAUACUGAUGAAAAUCGAAAUGGCUCACAAGGAAAUCCGAGAAACAAGAAUGGACGAAGAGAAAUGGACUGAGAGAUCACUUUCAACAAAGCGAAAGGUUGAGGGAGAAAUAAGGAACAGGAGACAAAGGGAGGAAAAAACCCCAGAAACCAAAAUCUUUCAGCCCAGAUUAUCAAGAAAAUCUAUGAAAGCCAGCGGCAAUUUUACACCAUCGAGACGAGCAAAGUAUCAGAUAUCAGCCUCCCCUUCAACUAGGAUGUCGCAGUCGACUUCCUUCAAUGUCAAGAGGAAAACAAAGGUGAUGCCAAGUUUUGCCAAGUUAUUUAGUGGCAAGAACAAGGACUAGGAUAUCAAAGCUUCUUGAAGAUCCAUAGUGUAUUCAGAACUCACCAAUACAAGCUCCCUUAUUGUCUGUUUAGGACUGUAAAUUGAAUAUCAAGCAACAGAAAUUUCAGAGUUGAUCAGCUGAUAUUUAUGCAAUAACUGUUUGUCUUUCAAGUUUCAUCAAUUCAUACUUUGACAUUUUUAGAAAA